AUGUGCCAAAAUUUCCCCGCAGUUCCUCCUUCGGCUUCAGUUCCGCCGGAACUUGUGAAACCUCCGACUGCACCACCUAUUAUUGUACAAGCACCUCAGCAACAAGCACUGCCUCCAAAUACUGAGCAUAAUAAUGGAAAUACAGUGCCCCCAGCAAAUGCUUCCCCUCCUGCAAGUGGUAAGAACCAUGGCAUUGAGCGUGCACCCCCACCAAAGAAACCUAGUACUGCCCCGGUUCACAAAUCACCGACUAGAGGUCCUGCACCUGCAUCUAGUCCUCUGCCCCACGAUACAAAUAUGCCGGCAAUCCCAAAGAAUGCUCCAACAGUGCCACGUGCUCAGCCCCCGUCACUAGGAGUAGCUCCUAAACCAGCACCCACUAGCAGAUCUCAUCCUCCAGUACCAACGAAAGGAGAGCGUCCAUCAUUUGCUCCAUCUUACCCACCACCCCAUGCUCAAGGUCCUGACAUCUCACGAGCUCGACCUCCACAGAAGAUUGGGGCUAAAAGGCAAAACCAUCAUGCACCUCCACCAAUGUUUCAAGGUCAUCCAAACUUCCCUGUGCACCCUCCAUCUCCUUCACCAGUGUCACCAAGGGCCCCCUCUAAUGGCAGAAAAAGACCUCGUGUUUCUCCUACCCUUCCGCCAAUUCCUCCUAAAACAGAGCCUAAAGCACCAUCAGCUCAUCCUAUUUGGGCACUUCCCCCACCGCCACCUAAUUUAGAUUGCAACUUGUUAUCAUGCCCAGAGCCUCUAACUGAUCCACCUGCGGGAGCUCCGUGUGCUUGUGUUCUACCGAUUAAAGUUGGAAUCCGUUUAAGUGUGGACCUUUAUUCAUUCUUUCCGUUAGUUUCGGAUUUUGCUGAAGAAGUGGGAUCUGGGGUAAACAUGGCUCGGAGGCAGGUUCGUGUUAUGGGUGCAAAUGUAGCUGGUGACCAACCUGACAAGACCGUGGUUCUUGUGCAUCUGGUACCAAUGCAUUUGAAUUUUGAUAAUGCGACUGCCUUCUCGGCAUUUCAAAGAUUGUGGAGCAAAAGAAUUCCUCUAAAGCCAUCAGUUUUCGGGGACUAUGAGAUUCUCUAUGUUGUAUAUCCAGGGCUUCCUCCUUCCCCCCCUUCGGCACCAGACGGUGUUGGUAAUGGUGCAUUUGGGAACAGCAGAAAUGCAAGGGCAAUGAAGCCACUGGGGGUCGAUGUCGGAAGACCCAAAAGAAAAGUGAAUGGGAGCCUAAUUGCUAUUGCUGUUUUAUCCACUGUUAUAGCGCUGAUUAUUUGCAUUGCGGCUGCAUGGUUGCUUAUACUCAAGUUCAGGGAUUCAGAUGACAUAGCUCAAAGAUAUCCACAUAGUGCAAUUCCAAAAUUUUCGAGGUUUUCUGGGACAUGUAACACACUGUUACCUGGUCGCCAUAGUUCACAUUCAGGUCCAUCCGGUUCACUGGGCUCAAGCAUGGCAACAUACACAGGGCAGGCAAAAACAUUCAAAUUUGUUGAGAUUGAAAAGGCUACAAAUGGCUUUGAUGAUUCGGCAGUACUUGGAGAAGGUGGCUUCGGAUGUGUCUACCAGGGCACACUUGAUGAUGGAACCACUGUCACGGUAAAGGUUCUGAAAAGAUUUGAUGGCCAAGGUGAACGGGAGUUCUUGGCAGAGGUUGAGAUGCUGGGACGGUUGCAUCACCGAAAUUUGGUCAAGCUGUUAGGCAUAUGCGUAGAGGAGAAUGCACGGUGUCUGGUAUAUGAACUUAUUCCAAAUGGCAGCGUUGAAUCCCAUUUGCAUGGAGCGGAUCGCGAUAUAGCUCCACUUGAUUGGAAUGCAUGUAUGAAGAUUGCCCUUGGGGCAGGGCGGGCACUUGCAUAUCUACAUGAAGAUUCAAGCCCUUGUGUGAUUCAUCGUGAUUUCAAGUCAAGCAAUAUACUGCUAGAGCAUGAUUUCACACCGAAAGUUUCUGACUUUGGACUGGCCAGGACCGCGAGGGGGGAGGGUAACCAGCACAUUUCCACUCGUGUGAUGGGAACAUUCGGAUAUGUUGCACCAGAGUACGCCAUGACGGGGCAUCUUCUUGUCAAGAGUGAUGUAUACAGUUAUGGCGUUGUAUUACUUGAGCUCCUCACAGGUAGGAAGCCUGUGGACAUGUCUCAGCCUGCGGGGCAAGAAAGCCUAGUUGCAUGGGCUCGCCCAUAUCUGACAAAUGUGGUGAGCUUACGUCGAGCUGUUGAUCCGCUUCUUGGCCCUAAUGUACCACUAGACAACGUGGCAAAAGCAGCAGCUAUCGCAUCAAUGUGCGUACAACCUGAGGUUGCACACCGACCGAGCAUGAGCGAAGUCGUGCAGGCAUUGAAACUUGUCUGCAGUGAGGGUGAUGAGGUUCUUGGAUCGGGAAGUUUCAGCCAGGAGUUGGCGGCUCAUGCUACAGCGGUUUACGAUGUAACGGGCAUGGAAGCAGAGAGGGUGCUAUUAUCUGAGAUGUUUGGCUCCACACCUGUCUUCACUCCAGCUCCUGAUUCAGGUUCUUUCCGCAAGCAGUCCAGCUCAGGCCCUCUGAUGACUGGCAAGAAUAUGAAGUUCUGGCAGAGAUUGCGAAACUUGUCAAGAGGUAGUAUGAGUGAGCAUGGUGCCUCACCAGAUUUUGAGACGCGUUCACAGUGUAGCAAUAGGUGAGUUUUUUUCCCUGCUCGGAUCAAGUCUCUGACAAGAUGAAAGAGUUCGAGGACCUAGUUUGUACAUUACGCGUGUGGAGGUAAAGGCUG